CAAUCAGAUUCCUCGGCCUAUCCUCCAUUGAAAAAAAGAGGCUCGACUCGAGACUGAAAGCGUUGUCUGUGCAGUGUGAUUGUUUACACAUAGGCCUAUCAUCAAUUUUUGAAUAUAAUAAAUGGCCUCGACUUUACUGUCACCUAUGGUGGAUUAUUAUAACGACGAAGAAGAGCUAGACAGUGUGGAAGAAGAUGAAGAUCGCAGUUUCAGAGGCAGAGACUCGGAAGAAGACACAGAAGAUGCCAGUGAAACAGAUCUGGCCAAGCACGAUGAGAACGAUUACGUUGAAAUCAAAGAACAGAUGUAUCAAGACAAACUGGCAUCCCUGAAAAGACAGCUACAGCAACUGCAAGAAGGUGAAUGCACACUGCAGGAGUACCAGAAGAGAAUGAAGAAGCUUGAUCAGCAGUAUAAAGAGAGACUUCGUAACGCUGAUCUCUUUCUACAACUUGAGACAGAGCAGGUGGAGAGGAACUACAUCAAAGAGAAAAAAGCAGCGGUGAAAGAAUUUGACGAUAAGAAGGUGGAACUGAAGGAAAAUCUUAUUGCAGAGCUGGAGGAGAAGAAGAAGAUGAUCGAGAAUGAGAAAUUAACUAUGGAGCUGACAGGAGAUUCCAUGGAGAUGAAACCUAUUAUGACCCGGAAGCUCCGGAGACGACCCAAUGACCCUGUGCCCAUUCCAGACAAGCGGAGAAAGCCUCCACCUGCUCAGUUAAACUAUUUACUCAGUGAUGAACAGAUCAUGGAGGAUCUAAGAACAUUAAACAAGCUUAAAUCUCCGAAAAGACCAGGUACGGACGUUUUGUCUUUUAGAGCGUCCCCGUCGUCUCCUGAGCACCUCCCAUCGACUCCGGUGGACACCCCGUCCCAGCGUUACGAGGCACGGAUAGAGGAGGGCAAACUCUACUAUGAUAAGAGAUGGUACCAUAAAAGUCAAGCAAUCUAUCUGGAGUCCAAGGAGAACACCAAGAUCAGCUGUGUCAUCAGCUCUGUGGGGACCAAUGAGAUCUGGGUGAGAAAGACAAGUGACAGUACGAAGAUGAGGAUCUAUUUAGGGCAGCUGCAACGUGGGGCCUUCAUCAUUCGACGCCGAUCAGCAGCAUAGACGUCCUGUGUGUGUGUGUGUGUGUGUGUGUGUGUGUGUGUGUGUGUGUGUGUGUAUGUGUGUUUUUCAUUUUUUUAAACAAACAUUUUAAUGCUCUUCCUGUUUUACAAAGUCAGCUACUACAUGUUUAAGCAUGAUAUUUCCUCCUGUUUCUCAUCUUAUUUUUCUAUCACUCUCACGUGUAUGGUUAUAGAUAUUACCAAAGUAUAUCAUGAAAUGUCUCUUUGUUUUUGCCUUUUUCUUCUCUAUGAACUUUGCAUUGUAUGUGUAAUGCAGUCUCAAUGCCUGAAGUAAGGCUCCGCGCUUUACUGUUUGAUUUCAAAGAGCUCUCUACGAUGAAGUGAGUAGAUGACAAUACUCUUUGGGAUUGUAUUCUAUUACCAGUGAGGCAUUUACAAAUGUUAUUUAGUUGUUUUUUUGUUUUUUUCUUUGAUAUGUAAUGCCAUAACCUAUUCUCUCAAUGCAUUUGAAAGUGUACAGGAUUUCAAAUUACUUUGCUAGUUUUAAUUUUGUAUUCAGGUGAAUAUUAAAUAAAUUUGGCUCAAACAGUACAAAACAACAUUUAGUUCUUCAGAAUUGUUUUUGGAUUUUCUCCACAUUAACAGUGCUGUAAGUUGACCUUGUUUUUAAUGCCCUUCUACUUGCAUGUGUUAAUGAGAAGCAUUCAUUUACAUUUAUGUUCCUGGCAGAAGCUUUUUUUUUUUUUUCUUCAAACAAACAACUUGCAAGCAAAUAUUGGCAGGUUGCUUAGAAGUUUGUAGUGCCUUGGUAUACUAACCUUAGAUCUCACGAUUUUUAUUGUUUUUGGAAUGCAUUUUGUGUUUAUAUUCUAAAGCACUAGUUUACCAAAAAAUGAAAAUUCCAAAAUUAAGACACUUUUAACUUCAAAUGAGUCCUCUCUAUAAUAUUGCUAUCUACAGUGAAAAGGUCAUCUGGUCUGAAUCAGGACAGAAAUAUGCACAGAAAACAGUCCAAAUGGUUCUGAACAAAUAUGUUGGUGGAUUUUGAUGAGAGAGGAUAUCAGUGUUGUUAUGGAUUAUGGACUCGUAUUUUAGCUGGAAGUGAUGGUUUAAAGUUAAAACGCCUUAAUGAUAGGUUUGUUUCUUACAAACCAAUUCACUGCAGAAGAUCUAUUGGUGAGCAAGUCAUUUAAAGGUAAUUUGAAGAAACAAACUCAUUUAAAUCUAGGAUGGCAUGAGUAAAAUUUGUAACUAAAAAUUUGAGGUAAUUUCUCAUUUGCAUAGUUGAAAAUGUCUAAAUUUUGUUGCAUGCACAACUGUUCCUUCAAAUUGCCAUUUUUUCAUGAUAAUAAAUGACAUCAGGUCACUUUAUUGACAAAGCAAGUCACAGAAAGAUUACUAAGAUUAUAACAGGUAGCGAAGAUGCUUCACUUAGGUAUGAAAAAUCUAAAAUUUUGAAAAUACAAAAGUUCAGGUUGUACAGUAUAGGAAUGAUAUUUAGAUGUAGAUGAGGUUGUUUCUUCAUCAGAACAGAUUUGGAGAAAUUUUGCAUUGCAUCAUUUGCUCAUCAAUGAAUCUUCUGCAGUGAAUGGGUUCUGCUCAUCCAUCUUCUAGACGUUUGUAUCUUCAAACCAUCGAUUCUAGUUAAAAUAUGAGUCCUCUAUCCAUAAUAUUCCUUUCUCCAGUGGAAAGAGUCAUCCUAUCUGAAUCAGGAGAGAAAUACGCACAGAUCAAGCACGAAGUAAAAACUGUCCAGAACCAUUCCAAACACACAUGUUGGUGGAUGUUGAUGAGUAGACAACAGGAGAUGGACUUCUUCACUGGAUGAAGCGUUAUUAUGGAUUAUGGUCUGAUAAUUUGGCCAGUUUCAAGUUAGAACACCUUAAUGAUGAAUUUGUUACUUAUAAACACACAGCUUCACUUAGAUUUCAAAGAAAUGCAUAAAAAUUGUUAAAUGAAAGCCUUUUUGUGAAAUCACUCUGCUCUGUCUGUUCUUGUAACUGUUUGUUACCUUAUUUUGGAUGUCCUGUCAUUUUCCUGUCACACUGAUUUCUUUCUUUCAUUUCCUCUAUAAAUGACAGGACAUUCUUUUAGUGUCUAGUUCAAAAUUCAAUUCCUCCCCAAAACACAAACUUUUUAUUUUUUAUUCUGCAUUCUGAAAAACUGAAUGUCUUUUUCAUCUUUUCUGCCAGCAUGUCCAUUUUAAAGUAUUUUUCUUUUUCAGGAAAUAGUCCUUGGUGUCAAAUCAGUUCUUGAUGUUUCUAAAACAUCUUGCGUUGUUUCCUGACAGAAAUGUUCUCCCUUGACAUUGUGUUGCUUGUGGUUAAAUUGUACUUGUUUAGCAGCAUUCAAGUAAAUUCGUAUCACCUUUGUUGUUGUAACAUGCAAAUCAGCAGCGAUAUGGUUUAUGUAGGAAUUCUUGAUCUAAUUCAUGACAUGAAAUCCCAUUCAUUUUCUUUUUCAUCAAAGAUUUUGAACCUUAACAGGCCUGGAAAGACAGACCUGCUGUGAGCUACAAUAAUAUUAAUCAAUGGUAUAGGUUUUGUUAAAGCCAUCUGCAUUGUUUACAUUUUUCUUUUUUAACUGUGACAUUUCUGGUGAAAAGCUACAUUACCCAUGAUUCUUCAAAGUAAUCUCCACCAAUCAGAAAUACUAGUUAAAUACUUCUUGGGAUUGUGGUUCUUUCCUCCAUUAAAGUCGUUAAUACCUUC